AUGUCCGAGGCGCAGGAAAACACGAAUACUGCCACGGGCCCAGCAGCGGCCGUGCCUGCCGAAAAUACUCAGCUCGCCUCUCCGGCUACUGAAAACUCUACCUCCAUCAAAGACGAGACUUUAGAUAGAAGAACGUUGUUUGUGCGCAGUGUUCCCGAGAGUGCCACGAGCGACGAGCUUUCGGAGUACUUCUCGCAGUUUGUGCCUGUCAAGCAUGCUGUGAUCGUGAAUGACGACCAGCAGAAGUCACGUGGUUUCGGGUUUGUUUCGUUCACUGAAGACGAGGACACGCUCACGGCGUUGGUGGAGGCCAAAAAACACAAGUUCCAGGGCCGUUUUCUCCGAGUGGACAUUGCCAAGAGGCGAGAGCGCAAGGCGGCCAAGAACGCCAAGAACGACGGCGCCGAGCCCGAGAGCACCAAGCCUAAAAUCGCCCGAGAGCCCGUGGAAAAAAGAAAGGCACGUUUGAUUGUCAGAAACUUGCCAUGGACAUGCAAGAGUCCCGAAACCUUGAAGAAGCUUUUCCUGAGGUUCGGGGCCGUGCACGACGCGUACAUCCCCACGAAAAAGGGUGGUUUGAUGCGCGGCUUUGCGUUCGUGAUCAUGAAGAAAAACGUGGCUGCGGAGCGCGCCGUCAAGGAGAGCGUGGGCUUGAAAAUCGACGGCCGUGAGGUGGCGGUCGACUUGGCCGUGGAGAAGUCCCAGUGGGAGAAGGUGCAGGAGACGGAGCCCAAGACCACUGCCCGAGAGAGGAAGUCCAAGGACAGCGAGCUGAAGGCACCUAAAACCGAGAAAGACGAUGACGAGGACGAUGACGAGGACCUGGACGAGGACGGCGAGGCAGACGAGGAUUUCGACAAGCUCAAUGAGAUCAACUCCGACGCCGAGGUUCCGGAGUCGGGCGAGGAUCUGGACGAGGAAAUGGACUCCGACGAGGAGGAAGAAGAAGACAGGCCCAAGCAGAACAAGCAGGAGGCGUUUUCUGUGUUUGUGCGCAACAUUCCCUACGACGCGGACGCCGACUCGCUCAAGGAGCAUUUUGCGCAGUUUGGGCCCGUGAAGUAUGCGCUCCCAGUCAUGGACAGGGCCACAGGCUUGGCCAAGGGAUCUGCGUUUGUCGCUUUCAAGAAUGCCGAGGCCUACGAGUUGUGCUUGGCCGAUGCGCCCGCGGUCUCGGCCACCUCCAUGUUGAUUUCCGACGACGUCGCGCCAGAGUACGUGUACCAGGGCCGAAUUUUGUCGAUUGCGUCGACGGUGGACCGCAGCUCGGCGUCGCGUCUUGCAGAGAGAAACUCGGAGAAGCGGAGCCAGGCGCUAGGCAAGGAUACCGGCGACAAGGACAAGAGAAACUUGUACUUGUUGAACGAGGGCCGCAUCACCGAGAACUCCAAGCUCGCGGAGCGCAUUUCCAAGGCCGACAUGGAGAUACGAGAGAAGUCGUACAAGAUGCGCGUGCAGCAGUUGAACAAGAACCCAUCCUUGCAUCUUUCGUUGACCAGAUUGGCGGUCAGAAACCUUCCGCGUGCCAUGACCAGCAAGGCCUUGAAGGCCUUGGGCCGGAAGGCCGUGGUGGAGUUCGCCACCGAGGUCAAAAACAACCAGAGACAGCCGCUUUCCAAGGAGGAAGUCAACCGUUCGAUCAAGUACAAGCAGGACAUGGACGGCGACAAGCCGGCCGAGGACGAGAAGGAAAAGAAGAACAAUAAGAAGCUUGGUGUGGUCAGGCAGUCCAAGAUCAUCAUGGAGGUCAAGGGCAGCGGCGAGGCUGGCCGGUCCAGAGGCUAUGGUUUCAUUGAAUUCCGCGACCACAAGACCGCGUUGAUGGGGCUCCGGUGGUUGAACGCCCACGAGGUAACCGUUGCUGAGAUCACCGAGAGCAUGUCUGAAGAAGAGAAGAAGGUUGCCGACUUGGAGGGCAUCAACAAGCGGAAGCUUAUUGUGGAGUUUGCCGUUGAAAACGCCAAGGUCGUCAAGCGCAGAAAGGAGCUUGUAAUGGUGUCUCGUCACAACAAGAGAAAGAGAGAUGACGACGGUGACAGGACCGACAAGGGCGACAAGGCCUCCAAGAAGCCGAAAAAGGGCAAGGGCCCCUCGAGAAAGGGUAACAUGAACAAGGGCCCCAAGCCCGCACCGAGCGAGGAACCCACCAAGCCAAGUGGCGAGUCCAUCGCGGAGAACGUGAAGCAUAUCAUCGCUCGUAAGAGAAAGGGCAAGAAGGGCAAGAACUAG